CCGCGUCCCGGCGCCGCGGUUCUGCCCGCAGCAUGGAGCCGGACUCGAGCUUCCGCGGCCGCCGCGCCCUGGUCACCGGGGCCGGCAAAGGGAUCGGACGCGCCGUGGCCUUAGCGCUGUGCAAAGCCGGAGCGCGAGUAACCGCGCUGAGCCGCACCGCGGCGGACCUGGAGAGCCUCGCCCGAGAGUGCCCCGGGAUCGAACCGCUGUGCGUGGAUUUGGCCGACUGGGACGCCACGGAGGCGGCGGUGAGCGCGGCGGGGCCCUUCGAGCUGCUGGUAAACAACGCGGCCGUGGCGAUGCUGCAGCCCUUCCUGCAGGUGACACGGGAGGCCGUGGAGCGGUCUUUCGGUGUCAAUUUCCAGGCCGUGCUCCACGUUUCUCAGAUCGUUGCUCGGCAGAUGAUUGCACAGGGGCUACCAGGUGCCAUUGUGAAUGUCUCUAGCCAGGCAUCUCAGCGUGUCCUGAGGGAUCAUGCUGUUUAUUGUUCUACCAAAAGUGCUUUGGAUAUGCUGAGUAAGGUAAUGGCAAUGGAACUGGGACCCCACAAGAUAAGGGUGAACACUGUGAAUCCCACAGUAGUUAUGACCGACAUGGGAAGAAUUAACUGGAGUGAUCCUCAGAAAUCUGCUGCCAUGAUUAACCGGAUUCCACUAGGAAAGUUUGCAGAGGUGGAUGAUGUGGUGAACAGCAUUCUUUUCCUGCUCAGUGACAAGAGUGCUAUGACAACUGGCAGCUCACUGAUGGUUGAUGGGGGAUUUCUCGUCUCCUAAGAUGACAUCUGCAUUUCAUAUCUUGCCUAACUUUCAUACUAGUGUUGCAUAGAAUCUAAAAGGAAUAGUAAACAGUGACAAAGUCCCAAUGUUGCUGGACAAGAGGGGCAGCAGAGCUAGAAUCUGUUUGAGAAUUGAGGCAGAAAGUUACCUUGAGAAGGCUGCUAUAUAAUAAAGAUCACAUAUGCUGUCA